AGUUUAAAACUAAUGAUUAAACAUAUGAGUUUAUCUCCGGUGUUGACCGUUUUUGGAUAUACGGUUAGAGUGCACGAAAAAUCGUUGAUUUCGAUUAAUUUUUAUAGUAAAUAAUUUAAAAUGUCAGAAGUUUCGAUGACAGAAACACCACAUUUACAAAAAAUAGAUUUAACAACUUUAAAUCUUCAACAACUUACAAUGUUAAAACAGCAAUUAGACCAAGAACUCGGUGUUUUCCAAGAUUCAUUGCAAACGUUAAAAAUUGCUCAAAGUAAGUUUCAAGAAUCAGGUUCAUGUCUUGAAAAAAUUAGUCCAUCCUUGGAAGGAAACGAAAUUCUUGUGCCAUUGACUGGCUCGAUGUACGUAGUUGGAAAACUAGUAGAAACUGAUAAUGUUCUAAUUGAUAUUGGAACUGGUUAUUAUGCUCAAAAAAAAGUUAUAGAUGCAAAGGAUUACUUUGAUAGAAGAGUAGCUUAUGUUACCGAACAAAUGGAAAAAAUUCAACAAUUGGGCCUUGAAAAAAGUAAAGUUAGAGAUGCAACUGUGGAUGUGAUAGAAAUGAAACUUCAAAAUCAAGUGCCGAAAGAAGAUUAAGAAUGAAAACACUAAUGUUUCUAAAUUAAAUGCUCUUAUGUAAUUUGCUCUUUAUUUGUACAAAUUUGUAUUGGUAUUGUCAUUAAAUUACAUUGUUCUGUACAUUUUUUGUUAGGAUAAUAAUUAUUUUGAGAAUUUUAAAGGAAGAUUAAAUUUAAUAAUAAUAA